AUGACCUCAUUGAUUCUGAGUCUGUAUCUGUAUCUGUAUCUGUACCUGCAUUCUGUAUCUCUUUCACAAUUACUUGAUCAUUAUUCCUGCAACUAACUUGAAUCACACCUGAAGCCGGCAAUUUACCCUGCCAGAGAUUGAGAUACCCUUGCCAUCAUUCUUGUUCAUAGCAUGAAGGAUGCCGAAGCCGAAGUUACUGCUUCGUGACUUCCUGGAGAAGCACCUGGACGAGAAUAGAACACAGUGUCUACGGUGGCUUGAUAAAGAGAGGAGGGUAUUCAUGUUACAUUGGAUUCACGCGAACAGUCCAAGCUGGAGUCCACACGAUGCCAAAAUAUUCCAGGAGUGGGCUGUGUUCAAAGGCCGAUACCACCAACAGCCCGACGGUUCAUGGCCUGACCCCGACUACACCACUUGGAAGGCCAACUUCCGGUGUGCUGUGAACCGGAAUCACGACAUCAAGGAGGUUAAGAUCCCGGGUUACAACAAGGACAAGGACGUCAAAACCUACCUGUUACUACCAAGGAGAGGAAGGACAUUAGACUCUGAGUGGUACUGUGGCGACGGUAACGGGACUGACACAGACCCAGCUGAAGCACAUUCGCCUCAACAACUUGUUCCAAAACAGGAAGUCCCAUGUGCUCUAAAUACGGAUUGCUAUGCGACAGUGGCCUAUGCAAACGAGACACUCACGCAGUUUGUGCCGGAGGUGGUGGCGGCCAUGGGAGUGAGUCCACCAAGCUCCAUUGAUACAGUCACCACUGAAGCCACUGGUCUAAACGAUGUCUUCGACCUCUAUGAGUUACUACAGCGCAGCAAUAACCCAGACGACUGUGUGACAAAGCUGAUUGACCUCACCCAGAUGGAGUCUUUGCCCUUUCAUCCUGAGAAUGGUAACGUGGAACUACCGGAAUCGCUCUCGCUGUUGACCUUCACAACACCACCACAAAUGUCUGACAUGUGUAUUUGGCUGAGGUACAGAGACCACGUUGUUGGCAGGCAGUACGUCAGCUGCACUCGGGGCUGCAGGAUCAUGAAUGGCAUGGAGUCACAUCCUCCUAUCCCAGAAAAGUUCGAGGGUUCCAAGUUGUUGGGUACACCGGCCCCAGGGAUGUUCUAUACUGGCCCUAAAAUGGGCCAGUAUGCCGAGUCUACGGAUCAAAUCUUGGAUGCGGUUGGAAAUGGCCUGCAUAUUUUCUGUGACAAUUCAGGCAAUGUCUACGCCACUAGAUUAACAAGUUGCCGCGUGUACCACGCUGACCCGACCCUGAAAAAUGCUGCCGAGCCCGUACCACUACCAAGACAACGCAGUGUCAAGGUGUUCGACAGGGAGACCUUUGAAGGGAGGCUCAGAGAAUGGCGUGACAACAAGGGGCCUCAACCCAGCAUCACUAUCUUGUUUGCCCUUGGGGAGCCCUGGUCACUGACCAAGCCUAUCAAUAAAUGCCACGUCACUGUGACUGUUGUACACGCCUUCAGCGUGUUUCAGAGAGGACACAUCAAGAAAGGAAAAGGACCUGAUUCCUUGGCUGUGGAUGACGAUGCUGAGAUGAUGUGUGCAGACUUACAUUCGGUCAGUACAUACAACUGACUGGAGAGUCGGUGCACAAAACUGAUUGGACCGACGGGAAUAACUUCAAAUGCAACCAGCUGGUUUAUAGCAAGCACAAUCAGCCAACAUCAGCCUUGAGAUGAAAUGGGCGGCGAUAGAGUGAGGAAAAACAAUUCACGAAAGCCUUUACAAAGGUGACCCAUGUUACAACAGGAGUUACAGUUUACGACAGCUUUCAGACUUGUGACCCGUGUUAAAAUAAGAACGAACGUUCAUGACGGCCUUUUGAAGUGGACCCAGCCUUUAGAAUUGUACGCCUUUAUGUGUUCUUAAAGCCAUUUCUUGUUAUGUUAUUAUAUCCAAGAUACAUUCAUAUUUGCCAUAAACUGAAUUAUAUAAUUUAAAGGACAAAGCUUGGAAAACUCAACCAAUGGUAGAAAUACAUAGUACAUACAAAGAUAUUUCAAAUCGGGUACGUUUUACACACAUAUCGUGAUGAUAAUGAUUCUUCUGAAGUUAUCAAGAACUUAAAAUGUAUAUCGGAUACAUCAGUCCGUCUGUGGCAGUUCUGUUCUCAUUGUAUUUUGUCUGCUGUGCUGGUGUUUCCGAACCAUCUCCCAGAGAGCAUCCACUGCCUCAUAACUCAUCAAGAAAUCCCAAACAAAGCUCUUGUUCUCGUCAGACCGUUAAACAAAUCAAGGAUGACACAUAGCAAAGCCUUGCAUCAUCAGCUGAUGCUUGAAACCAUAGAUCCUCUAUGAGCUCCAACCUCGCGAAGUUUUUCUGGAUACCCCGGCUGGCAUUGGUACAUUAGUCAUCUGACGCUCUUUUAACUUGGAUAUGGCUGAGGACGCGGUUGUCCUGGACAAUGCCCCAAGGGCUCAACACCACAAUGGCGAACCAUGACCUCGAGCAUUGAAAAACUCCGAUGGAUCUCGCAGACGUGCACCGAGAUCGUUGGGGCGUUUGGCCUUAUACACCAACAAUGGGACCGGUUUGAAUUAAUAUGCUACAUGAUUUCUCAAUUCCUUGGUGACUUUUUCUUUUGUCUGUCCGGAUAAUGUAUGCGGCUAGUUAUUAGACCGUU